UCCCCCCCCGUCCCGUUCCCCAGCGGCCUCUGCUUGCUUACUGCUUCCUGCCUAGCCGUCCACCUCGCGCCGCCAUCACUCCAGCAUCACCACCACCACACCUUUUCCAUCAUCAUCAUCACAGCUUCCUCUCCUCCUCUUCUUUCUCCUCGCCUCCUUCCCCCUCUCCCUCUCCUCCCCCCUUCCUUCUUCCAGCUCCACCCAUCGUUCCUUCAGCUGCUGUCUUGUCGUUCUCUCUGUUUGAACGGAGGCUUUUUGGGGUUCCGCUUUCUGCCGCGCCCUCCAAUCUGGAAAAGGCCAGCUCAACGGCUUCCUUCCCUACAGCUUCGUCCCGUUCCUGCCAGUCCGCGAGCACGCUCUCCGUCCACAGUGUUCAUCCCAUUGUGGCUGGGCGUCUCCUCCUACCGCCGGUUGCCUUGA